AUGUCAUUACUAAAGACUUCUGCGGUUGACUUUAAGCAAGAAUGGAGCGCAAUGGAGCCGCUACUGGCGUCGCUAGUCACAGGGACGCCCCAGACCCUCACGAACGAGACGUGGCUCAAGAUGUAUUCCGGCAUCUACAAGAUCUGCACCAACCCUGGAGCGCCACAAGCCGAGACGCUGUUCUUCCGCCUGCGACGGCUGCUGGUGACGCACGUCGAGUCGGUCAUCAGCGAACUGCAGGCAAUCGACGGCGAGCCGGCGUUUCUACGUCGCUAUUGCAGUGCGUUCGAGUCGUUUGUGACCGGGACGACGUACAUCUCGGAGCUUUGCCGCUAUUUGAACCGCUACUGGAUCUCGUAUUCGCACUGUGAGACGGGACACGCGCCUGUUCCCGGCGUGUACACGGUGACCGAGCUGUCGCUUCAUUUGUGGCACGAUAUUGCGUUCUCGAAGCUCAAAAAGCGCGUCGUGAAGGCAGUUAUUUGCAUUUUCCAUACCGCACGACGGGACCGAAGCGCGUGCUUUGAAGAUGGGGACUGCAUUGCCCGCACAGUGGAGACAUUCUUUAGUCUAGGGCUGUGCAGACAGGACCAGAUGAGUCUCUAUCGAGAAGAACUGGAGCAGCCGUUUCUAGAGGAUACAAUACGGUACUUUGCCGCAGAGGCGACGGAGCUCUUAUCCCGCGUAACGAUCUCCGAAUACUUGCGAGAAGCUGAACUGUUCUGUACACAAGAGCAGAAACGUUGCGAAGACCGAUUGCAUCGAACCACUGUUACUCAACUACGACAAGUGUGCUGCCAUGUCUUGGUAGAUGAGCAUGCUGAUCAGAUCUGCGAGGAUGCUGAGGCUUUCUUGAUCAACAAUCGGAAGGACGAUCUGCGCCGCUUGUUUUCUCUUUUUUCGGAGCUGACGAAUGAGAACGCACUGAUGUCUUUUAAGAAUAUCCUGAAGAAGUAUAUUGAGCGGAGCGGCCUCGAGGUGGUGCAAAAGUUCCAGCAAGAUGACGCCACCAAAGAUCCUGAGGGCUAUAUUGAAGCCCUGGUGCAAGUUCGAAAUAAAUACUUUGAUUUGAUCAAAGACGCGUUCGGCUACCACCCUCUCAUGCGGACUGCACUUGACCAGGCGUGCCGGACCUUUGCAAAUUCUCAUCCUAGGCUUCCUGAACUAUUAGCAAAGUAUACGCACUACCUGAUGUCACGUGAUAAGAAGCGGGGAGCUAGCCGAGCACUACUUCUGCCAGGAUCACCAAGACUGAUGCCACUUCCGGACGAUAUGUUGGAGCAGAAAAUCGAAAACAUCAGUAUCGUAUUUUGCCUGAUCGACGACAAGGACAUUUUCAAGAAGUACUACUCCAAGUUCUUGGCAAAGCGGCUCAUUAAAGGCACUUCGGUUUCAAGCGAUAUGGAAAUCUUGCUGGUUCAGAAGCUGCGCAAUACUUGCGGAGGCGAUUUCGUAUCUAAACUGCAGAAGAUGCUGAAGGAUAAAAUGUUGAGCAAGGAACUGGCGGAUUCUUUCACUGCUUGGGUCGAAGAAAAAGACAUCGAGUUGCGUGCUGAGGACGCCGCGAACGCUUCCGCUAUUGAUUUGCACCACGCCGUAACUUAUCACUGUGACAUUCUUACAGCCGGAGCUUGGCCCAUAUCAAGUGCAGUCGCCGAGCGCAAGAUCGUUUUGCCGCCUGCCAUGGAAGCACAUACGCGUCUGUUCACGAAGUUCUACACUGGAAGGAGUACCGGACGAAAGCUUUUGUGGGUUCACAAUCUUUCGUUCGGGAUGAUUCAAAGCCAUUGCUUUGAUAAAUGCUACGAGCUUUUACUGAGCUUUUAUCAGAUGCUAAUUCUCGUACAGUUUAACAACGCAAAGGAGAUCAAGCAGUCCGAGAUCAGCCAGCGAACCAACAUCUCGGAGCAAGAAUGUACACACCACAUGGCUAGUCUUGUCAAGGCAAAGGUGCUUACGUCAGACGGUGCUACGGACCCGACGUAUACAAUAAACUUUGGCUUCACCAGUCGAAAACUUCGAAUCUCAGCUAUUCCAAGUACUCCAGUCGAGCCCCCAAAGGCACCCCGAGUUCCAGCCCAUGAGAUUGAAGAUGAUCGCAAGAUGUCGCUGCAAGCUGCCAUCGUGCGUGUUCUCAAAACACGUCGUGAGAUCCAUCAAGCCCAACUGAUACAAGAAGUUACCGAGAUGCUGAUUCACCAGUUCGUGCCCACCAUAAGUGCAAUCAAGCAGAAUGUCGAGAUUCUCGUGCAGAAAGAGUAUUUGCGCCGUCACGAAGUCGACCAGGCCAGGUACAUUUACGUGGCCUAA